AUGACCGUGGAUCCGGACCCAAAUCAAGUCCCAGGUGGCUUGCGACGUUCACAGACAGUCGAUUACGAGAGCGACAUUGAUAACGACGAUGAGUUCCUUCCUCCUGCUCUCGUCACAGCCGGAUUUGACGACGAGGACCAUGUCAAAGUAAGAUUUGACCAGGACAUUGAAGAUGCCCUCAGCUUUGUCCAAUCUCUUGCUUCCCGGAAGCCUACCAAAGAGGAAAAGUCGCAACAACUCCUAGAAUUUGUCGACAGUCGGAAGAUGGAAUGGCACAAGACAACACGAGAAGGACAGAACUUCCUUCAUGUCUUGGCAUAUUGCAAUUCCAUCCGGAAGCCGGCCACCAGUCUGCAAUGGCUCAUGUCUCGAGCCAUGCUCAGGUUGCCUCAUUUGAUAGGCUCAAUGGACAAGACAAAACGCACCCCGCUCACUGUUGCCCUCUCCAACGGAAACGAGGUCUUUAGCUAUGCCGCUUGCCUCAACCUCAAGCCGGGAACCCGCCAGCGCUUCAAGGAACCGCUUGAGAGCGAGUGUGAAAACCAAGGCAGCGAUCGUGAGGUCACCUGUCUACACACAGCUCUGACCUGUGCAUUCAACAAGGAAGAUCUGAGGCAAGACAUUGUCAAGAUCAUGUGCAGUUUUGUCCCCGACAAGAUGUUCACUGUCACGGACCACAAGGGGCGGACACCACUCCAUCUGGCUGUCGAGUAUGAACGAUGUUGUAAGGCCCAGGUCGGCAUCGUCGAAGAGUUGCUUCGCUGGGGACCACAAGCGUUGGACGUCCAAAUUCAGGCCGCGCUGUAUUCCAACCAAACAUAUUCAGUCUACCAGUAUCACGUACAUACUCAGCGACAAGCGAUAGAGGAAAGCAAGAAGAAAACCAGCCAGAGUGCACCGAGAAAGGAGGACGACAAUGAGGCUCGGACCAGUUCGAAUACGAAGAAGCCCAUGUCAAGACCAGAGAAAACCAGCAUGGGGCCACCACCGGUGCCAAGAGACAGGGACAGAGACAGGGACAGAACCGAACCCAAGGUUGGAAUCGCUCGAGCACAUACGGGGGCGCCAUCUCAAGAGAAGCCGGGUUCGUACGUGGUAGCGGCCAAUCAGGAGAGGUCGGCUGCCUCAUACACGACAGCCUAUACUCAAGAAAAGUUGACUCCCCUACCCUCCCCCUCCUUACACCCAGUGGGGUCUUCCAAAGCCUCUGCCUACUCUUCAGCACCAAAGCAAGACGCGACCGACCCUUACUCCCCAGAGAAAGAAAGGGAGAGGCAAGAUGCUGCUGCGGAUAUCAGUCAUCAACUUAAGCAUCUUUACUUACGUACCCAGAAGCCAGAGAACGCGUCUCGCUGCUUGAGCGUGGGAGGGCUAGGCAAGGAGCUGUGGUUUGACUUUGGACCACCCAAAAAGCUCACCAGGGCUGACUUCCGGAGACAUUUUGGCCAUUUGCGAUUUGACACAAUUCUACAAUACGUAGCCUUUCCCCAGAUCGAGUUGGACGACCACAAGCAGAUACCCGACAGAAGAUAUGCAGGCAAGGAGGACAUGACAUUCUUCUUCGAUUGGCUCAAGCAACAAGGCGUCAGCCGUAUCAUCAAGGUCAUCGUUGACGACCUUAAAAGCCCAUCACAUAGUGACGCAGCCAUUGAGAAGGCGCUGAAGCCCUUUAACGUCGAGAUUCUUGACUGGCGCCGACUAGAUCUUGACCCAGUCUCACUCUCUGAAGUCGGCCAGAGUCUGCGGGAAGUCACCCUUCACUGGAGUGGCAGAAACUCUGUUCUUCGAGCGUGGUCCGAAAAGGAGGGACUCGCUCUGAUUCCCACACUAGAAGUUAUCAAUCUAGUUCAAACCGAGGGCCUUGAAUCGAGUGAGAGGACCCGAAGAAACCUCGACGCCUUUGAACAACGCCUUCACGAGUCUUGGCCCAAGGACAAGCCCAAGCCCAGAGUAGACCGUCCAAAGACUGGCGGUGGGCGUGCCUUGGUUCGGGGUCUUUCAGUAGAAACUCUCUCUGACCGACAAGAGCGCUCGGUCGAUCCUCACAGGUGGAUGCAAUGCAUGGAGAACUUUGCCGAACACUUCCGACAGAUCCCAGCUCUCAGAGACAAGGUCACGGACCCAUCUCUGGAGCCAGUCGAGGUCGCACUCAUUGACGAUGGUGCCGACAUUACGCGCCCUGACCUUAGCGACUUGAAGGGCAAGAAAUUCCCUGGUAAGAGUUUCUGCUACUAUCAGGAGGGCACAACCUGGCGGGUAUCUCCCUACUGGGACUCGUCAUCUGGUCAUGGAACCCUGAUGGCGAGAUUAAUUCAUAAGAUCUGCCCCAGUGCCGUCAUUCACGUUAUCAAGCUGCAGACCUUUGAGGUUGAGAACUCGAACAAACUUCAGAUCAACCCAGACAGCGCGAUCAAGGCUAUUGAGUACGCAGCCGAACGCGGCUCCCAAAUAAUAUGCAUGUCGUGGACAAUCAAGCCUCCCGAAGGCGACAAAAAGAAGGAGUUUGACGACGCGAUUCACAACGCCCUCAACAGCAAGGGCGUCCUCAUGUUCUGCGCGGCCAGUGACCAAGGCAAGUCGGCCGACCUGACAUACCCGCACGGAAGCAACCGCGCCAGCUUUCGAAUUGGCGCAGCCAAAGCCACUGGAAGCAUGUCUGACACCGUGGGCGACGCCCAUGACCUGGACUUUAUCUUUCCUGGCCAUCAGGUGGUGGUCAACAGCAGCGACGAUGUCUAUGACAAAGAUCUACAAAAGUUUGAGGCGCAUUCCGGCAGCUCUGUCGCCAAUGCCCUCGCAGCAGGGCUAGCGGCACUUGUUAUCGAGUGCGUCAGACUGGGUGUAUUUUACACCAAUGAGAACAAACAGAUCGACCCGACUUCGGCGAUAAGGAAGGAUGACUUGGUCAAGAUACGCGACCGGAAUCAGAUGAAGUACGCGCUAUCCUGGAUUGGGACCAAUCGGAACACAGACAACAAGUACAUCGAGGUGUGGGAUACGUUCAAUGCCGUGGCUGAGAAGUUGAGGCAGAAUGAAGGUUCUCGGAUUGAUCGGUUGGAGAAUAUUGCGACCCUGGCUAGAUUCUUUUUGAAGAAGGGGGUGAAUUAUGGCGAGUAG